CGUAGCAUUGGAUCCUUUAAUGAGUUUGAUGUAUUAAAUGGUACGAUAUUUAACAAUAAUUCGCAAAAAUGGAGACGUAAUCGGCAAUUCGUUACUAAGGUUUUAAUGUCAAAAAAAUAUCAUUUUGGAUUCAUAAGCAAUGUUCAGAAUUUAUUUAAGGAUUUAGAAAAUCAAUGGGAUAAUGGUGUAAUCUUAGAUUUUUCCACAUGGAUGAGUUGUUACAAAACAAAAAUAGCAGUUGAGACUGUAAUUGGAAAACGAUCAUAUGAUUCUGAAUCAAUUUAUACAAUCUCGAAAGCGGCGACAGAAUAUUUAUCUAUGCUUGCUUUUUUGUUCUUUGCUCCAAGAUAUAUUGACAAUAUAAUUCAAGAACGAAGAGAUGAAAUAGCAAAGGGAUCGUCAACAA